GGAAAAGUUACAUCGGCAGUUAUGUUUCAUACCAUUCAAUGAACACUCGUAGUAGAGGUUUUUAUAGUGUUUUUUUAGUAUCCUCAUCUUUGCGUAAAGGAUUUACGAUAUUUCCGACCAUAAAACUAAUAAAUAUCGUAAUUAAAUGUGAUACGGAUCAACAACAUGAAGUGUUCGUGGCUGGUGGCGCUGUGCGUCACCGUUCUGUCAGUCCAUGCACUGGAAGCGUCCGCUGGGUUACCCGAGUUCCCCAACUUCCCAACAGUAGAUGACCAAAGAGUAGUAGUCGGGAAAAGUUUUACUUCAGUGGAGGAUGACGACACAGACGACGAUGCAUCAGCUACAAUCAAGAUGACGCACAUGCGCGUGCGCUCCGAGAUCGCUCUGCGCUACGCUCGCACGGCCGUCAUAUGCAAAGUAUACAAUCCCGGCAAGCGGCCGAAGGAAGCCAGCUUUAAUAUAUUGCUACCCGAAACUGCCUUCAUCAGCGGAUUUACUAUGACCAUCGCUAACGAAAACUAUGAAGCUUAUGUAAAGGAAAAGGAAGACGCUAAGAAAAUUUACAACGACGCGGUUGCACAGGGAAACUCCGCGGCUCACGUUGCUGCCAAAGCUCGAGACUCAAAUCACUUUACGAUAAAAUUCAACGUAGAGGGUGGGAGUAAUGCCACUUAUCGCUUGAGAUAUGAAGAGUUUUUAAUUCGUCGAAAUGGCGUAUACAACCAUGCUAUAAAUCUACUCCCUGGCAUGCUUGUACCUAAAAUGGACGUCGGUAUACACAUAAAGGAAUCGCAAAAAAUCUCUGUUCUGAGAGUACCAGAGUUGAGGACUGGGAACGAAGUUGAUCCUACGGAGAAAGAUCCACUAUAUGCAAACGCCAUUAUCAAAAGAGGCACCAAUGAGCGAGAAGCUACCAUUACUUUCCACCCUGAUCUGGUAGAACAGAAGAGACUGGCUCAAGUAUAUGCGGAAAAAACAAAACUAUCAGCUGAUGCCGAUUUCGCAGACAUUGGAUACAAUAGUGAAGAAGAAGACAGCAAAGAUGAGGGUCUACUAGGACAGUUCAUAGUUCAAUAUGAUGUAGAUCAGCCAAAAAAUGGAGAAGUUCUUGUAAAUGACGGCUACUUUGUCCAUUUCUUCGCUCCGAGCUCCUUACCGCCUCUUAGAAAGCACGUCGUGUUUGUUCUUGACACAUCAGCUUCCAUGGGGGGAAUCAAAAUCAAGCAACUGAAGAAAGCUAUGAAUGCUAUUCUCUCCGAACUCAAUCCAAAAGAUUACAUCAGCAUCAUUGAUUUCAAUACACAUGUUACAGUUCACAAUUUGCAAAAAGUUGAUAUGAAUACACAAGGAAGUAACAAAAAUCUGGUACCGCCUGCAAAUGCUUCGCCAGAAAACAUAGCAGCAGCAAAGGCUAUAAUUUCAAAAUUUAGACCUUAUGGAGGUACGAAUAUUUAUAAAGCUCUUGAUGAGGCAAUGACCCUUGCCCAAGUUUUUGAUCAUCAUCAAUCAAAUCAAACGGAAUCGAUACAAACCAAUGAAGUGGAGCCUAUGAUUAUCUUUUUAACGGACGGAAUUCCUGUCGCGGGAGAAACUAAUACAGAGCGUAUCGUGGCUUACAUCUCCGAGAAAAAUUCUGGCUUGAAACCAGCGAUGUUAUUUGCAAUUGCUUUUGGUGACGAUGCGGAUCGUGUCUUCCUGCGCCAACUAGCCCUCCGCAAUCACGGCUUCAUGCGGCACAUAUAUGAGGCAGCGGAUGCGGCAAUUCAAUUGCACCACUUCUACCGACAAGUGUCUUCACCGCUUCUCUCUGAUGUUAAGUUCGUCUAUCCUCGUCGACAGAUAAAGGAAGGGUCGGUCAGCCGCAGCCAAUUUCGUACAAUCAAUCACGGCUCUGAAGUGGCAGUAGUUGGAAGGAUCGCGGAGGACGUCAGAGAAAUCACACCCCAAGUGCGUGGCUUAAGAGGUGAAGAAGAUGGUAGUACGAGACUUUACGAGAUCAACAGCAAAGUGCCAGUGACUCGUGCAAAGGACGAAUUCCUGCCAUUAGAACGUCUCUGGGCGUAUCUGACUAUUAAGCAGCUGCUGGACAAACGCGACGCGGACGUUAACGGUGCCGGUAAAGAUGCCACAGAUGACAGUCCCGAGAAGAAAGCUCUUUCUAUAGCGUUAAAGUACUCGUUCGUAACGUCGUUGACGUCGCUGGUGGUCGUCCGUCUGAACAAAACUGAUGCUGCGGAUGAUUUGGACGUCGACAGAGUUGAUGAGCAAAGUUUUUUGCCAUAUAAGAAAACAUCUUCUACGAUGCCGAAAACUUACACAGGUGUCGCUUCUGGUGGAGGCCUAAGCGUGGCCUCAAGCGAAGGACCGGUACUAUUUGUUCAAUCGACUAGACGUUUUACCGCUACCGGUUAUGGCGGUUACGGUGGAGGCGGUGGGGUAAGUGCCGGAGGCUUAGGCGGUAGCGGAGGCGGUAGUGGAGGCGGAGGCGGAGGCGGUGGGGGAGGCGGUGGCGGAGGCGGUGGCGGAGGCGGUGGAGGAGGCGAUGGCGGAAGUGGAGGCGGAUAUGUCCCUAAAGGCUUAGGCGGAGUUUUUAAAGAAAGAGGUUGGAGUGUAGGCCCUGCAUCAACAACAGAAUCUUAUGGAAAAGAUUACCAUCUACAGGCAUACGACUGGACGUCGUCGCUCUACAGAACUGAUUCUCUUGUGUUACAAGUGAACGGGACUGAAGUCAUCCUGAAACUCACACAAGAUGUAAAUCCACCAAAAGCGGCCGGAGGAGACGCCGAGUGUUACAACACCACAUUGACAGCUGCCAAUGAGAAACGUGGCGUUUGCGUGUACAUCACGCGAUGCUUCGCCGCCCGAAGCAUCACUGCGAACGACUAUGUUAAUAGCUACUGCGAUGUUAAUGGGUAUGCUGGCGUGUGCUGCCCAAGAACCGGGAUAUCCCAGUAAUUAACACAGUGUAAACAUUACGAUUAUAUAAAAAUUGUAAUUAAAAGCAAUACAUACAAUACUAAUGUUAUUAUUA